GCUCCAGCCAUCUCUCGCUCAGGCUUGUGCAGUGCUGCCACUGGUUCAGUUCAUUCCCCUCCCCCACUACUUUUCUAGGAUGGUCGCGUACCACCUGCCAGGUGCCAAUGAAAAGCCCUGUCAUAGAGUACCUUUGUUUCCCUCUAGUGAAAUAACCAUGAAAUGGUUUGGUUUUUUUUGGUUUGCUAAUAAUUUCAGCCCAAGUGCAAGUUUAAAGUGAAAAUUUCACUUUUUGGUAGUUAACACUGAUAGUUUAUUAGCAGUUAGUUAAAAGUGAUAGCCAAUCAGUACUGAAUUAGAGAAACAUAAGAGCAUAGAUUGGAAGAGGACAUGACCUCCAAUUCCUUCCCCAGUACAGGAAUCCAAAUGGAAGCAUCUCUGCAGAAUAACUUUCUAACAUCUAUUACACAGGUGUCAAACUCGAGCGCGUCACAUGAUGUAUUGUGACAUAUCGUGACAUUUUUUGCCUUUGCGGAGCUGGGGUGGGUGUGGCCUGUGCAUGACGCAUCUGGCCUGCAGGCCGCCAGUUUGACACCCCUGGUCUCUUAGAAUAAAAAUAAAAGAUAAGCCUUUCUAACUCCACUAUUGUCAAAGUGCCCUUAUUCUCAGAACUUCUUUUUCCCUCCUCUAAUAUUCAUUUGCAAUCUGCCUUUUUCUACAAUCCAUUAUUCAGCAUUCUGCCCUCUGGAAUGAAAGAAAAUAGGUGUUGAUGAUAGUACAUGAUAUCUUUUCAGGUAUUUGAAAGAACUACAACAUAGUUCAGCUAUCUUUUCUCAAGGCCAGACUUCCCCAGCACUUUGAUUCUUGUCCUAAGAUUUAGUUUCUAGUUCUGUUUGUCCUUGUUACUCUUUUUGAACCUGCUCCAAGUUCUCUAUAUUCUUCUUAAAACUAGAUUUCAAUAUAUAAGAUGGGAUUUGACUGAAGUGGAAUAAUGAGUUUCUGUAAAAUAUUAAAGCCCACAAUAUACUAGAAAAUGGAUAUUUAAGUAUUUGACAAAUAUUCUCUCCAGAUGACAGUAUUAUUGUCUUUAGGUUGCCUUCUAUUGAAGAUAACAUCUUUGUUAGAUCACAGGAAAUCUCUCAUUAGCAUAGUAUAGCAUUGUACAGUAUUGUAGUCAUACUUGAAGAAAACAAAUUUUCAUAAAUAUAGCGCCUCAAGAAACUGAAUGAAAAGUAGGAUAUAAAUUAAAAACAUAUAUGAAUAAUAUUAACUGUAGUUCAACUAAUGCUGAAUUAUUUAGAGCAUGAAUCAGUGAUUACAGGGACUGAUAAUUCCAUCACUAAGUAGCAUGGUCCUUAUGUGUGAUGCCAUGUGAUUGUGUAUUUCAACUUCCUGCCUGCUUUCCUAUUGUUUGCUUGUCAGAAGCUACUAGUGAAGGUCAUAAGGCAAUCACAUAAAGGGGGGGGGGGGCUAUGCAACAGCCUCAAUUUUGAAGACCGGUUGUAAGUCUCAGUUUUCAGCACCAUCGUAAAUUCCAAUAGUCACCAAAUGGUCAAUGAGUGAGAACCACCUAUAAUUUCCAUAGAUGAGACUGUCACAAUGCCACAGAAAUAAACCAGGCAGCUAAUCUGUGCCUGGACUGUUAAAUGACUGUUAACAGUUACAUGACUGUAUUCUCCACGAGGAAUUCCCCUUCGUCGCUUCCUAGUCUACGAAGAAACUACAGAGUCUAUAGAAACUACAAAGACCGAUAUGGUGGGACGCCGUUCAAUUCUGCAAUAUCAGCUUACCAUCACUCGUUUUUAUUUAUCAUUGCACGGAUAAUUACUAAUUAGCAUUUAAAAAAAGAUAAUAAAGGUUAUCUUAUCUUAUUGACUUAGAAGCAACUUCUCUUUAAUUCAGCAAAACGUGCUUGAAAGCCAACUAGACAACUGUUUCACUGUUGCGAAGGUAACCCAUUUGCAACCAAGUUAGACUGCAACCUAAUGACCAACAAGAUAUCGCCAGCGGCAUCCAGGAUUCCUCCAAGCCUCUCUUUUUCUCGUCUUAACUCGGUUCUCAAAACUUGAAGCAAUGUUUUGAAUCAAAGCAACUCCGCUCACCUUGCCUGACGGCCGCCAUACUCUCUCACUCCCACCCCCAAUCCCUCCCCUCCCCAAUUCCUCCAGCAUCCCGACAACCCUUGCGCAGUCUCCUAAGGGCUCCAUGGGCGGAUUGCCGUUCGGCGUGUUUCGUGCAAGCGGAACUCCACGAUCGCCUUUAUUGUUCGCGUCCUCGGAGAUAUUCGGGCCCCCUCGGACACCGCCGGUGGGUCCGGAUUGUGAGAGGGAGGAUUCACGAAGCCUUCGCUCUUCUUCGGACCUUUGCUUCCCAUCUCGGUUCGGUCAUAGCCGGAAAGACUCGGGCCUGUUCGGCAACGGCCGUAGCUCGACGAGUAACCGCCACCUAUUCGGGUACUUUCGCGAGCUUCCGAUCCCGCUCUAGCCGCCUCAACAUGAACUUUCGGUAGAUCGGGAGAAGUCGGCUCCGAUCGGGAUCGCCCGGAUGAGACCGAAGCAGGUUGCAGGACGGGUUCGGGAAUACCCGUCAUCGACGAUACUCGGAUAAGAUCGGAAGCGGCUUUGGGUCGUUCGUUUCCCUAUUCGGGAUUCUUAAAGAGAAGAUCGGGCGAGAUCGGAGAAUAACUCUCAUUCGGACGAAUUCGGCUAACUUCGCGGGAUAACUCCCCCCCACUAAGUGUCUUCGGAUGGAGGACUCGGACUCGGCCGCGAAGCAAUUAGGUUUAGCCGAAGCGGCGGCGGUAGCUGCCGCUGCUGCAGUGGCUGCAGCAGCGGCAGCUGCCGCAGCCGCAGAAGAAUCCGAGCAGCAGCACGAACAUCAAGGACAGGUGUCCUGUUCGGAGGCGGAGCCACAAGAGGAAGAGGAGGUGACGGCUGUCACCGUAAUGGCGGCAGAUGCCGAACACAUUGAGAUGGGAGCCGAAUCCCUGCCGAGUGCGGACGAGGCUGCUGCAGCAGCUGCCUUUGCAGAAGUAACCACAGUAACAGUAGCCAAUGUGGGUGCCUCUGCAGACAAUGUAUUCACUACCUCUGUGGCAAAUGCAGCAUCAAUAUCAGGACAUGUAUUGUCUGGAAGAACAGCUCUUCAGAUUGGGGACAGCUUAAAUACUGAAAAGGCUACUCUGAUUGUGGUUCACACAGAUGGCACCAUUGUGGAGAGUGCAGGUCUGAAGGGACCAUCUGCACCUCUUACUACAGGAUCUCAGUCCCCCCCUACUCAAUUAACAUCUGGUCAAGAAAAAGGUGGGACAAAAUAUAACUGGGACCCUUCAGUGUAUGAUAAUGAGCUGCCUGUGCGAUGUCGAAAUAUCAGCGGGAUAUUGUACAAAAACCGACUUGGUUCAGGUGGUCGAGGUCGCUGUAUUAAGCAAGGGGACAACUGGUACAGCCCCACUGAAUUUGAAGCUAUGGCUGGAAGGGCCAGUAGCAAAGACUGGAAAAGAAGCAUUCGUUAUGCUGGGAGGCCAAUACAGUGCCUUAUUCAUGAUGGAAUACUAAAUCCCCAUGCAGCCUCAUGCACUUGCGCUGCAUGUUGUGAUGACAUGAGUCUGAGUGGUCCUGUAAGACUGUUUGUCCCCUAUAAAAGAAGAAAAAAAGAGAAUGAGUUGCCUACAACUCCAGUGAAGAAGGAUUCCCCCAAAAACAUCACCCUGCUUCCUGGAACCGCUGCCACCACAUUCACUGUGACUCCUUCAGGACAGAUUACGACUUCUGGAACAUUGACCUUUGAUCGUACAGCAGCUGUGGAGGCCACGGCGAUUAUCUCAGAAAGUCCAUCCCAAGGUGAUGUUUUCACUGGUACCACUGUGCAAGAUACAAACCUUCAGCCGCAACCUUGUCGGGUCAGUCAUCCAGAGCCUCACUAUCCAAGUUAUCAAGACAGUUGUCAGAUUUCAGCAUUUCCCGAAGCAGCUUUGCCAACUUCUCACCCCAAAAUUGUGUUGACCUCACUUCCUGCCCUGGCAGUGCCCCCUGCUACUCCCACUAAAACAAUAUCCUCCUCUGUGAUGAAUGGACUUGAAAUGACAGAACAACGGAACUGGCUUUACCUAGAGGAGACGGUCAAUUCUCUGCUUAACACAGCUCGGCAGCUGAAGACGCUGAUCGAACAAGCUAAGCAGGCCAGCUCUUCCUACAGAGAAGCUGCUGUUUCUCAAGCGAAACUUCAAGCUGAUGUGGAAAGGAAAGAGUAUCAGAAUCAGUUAUUUCAGCAUACAGAAGAUGUUGAUGGAAAAACUGAAAUUAUUAUUAAGCAAUCCUGUGUAAACUGUGGCCGGGAGGCAAUGAAUGAAUGCACCGGUUGCCAUAAAGUCAAUUACUGCUCAACGUUCUGUCAGCGGAAGGUAUCACACCUCUUAUGAAUACAGUUGUCCUGCAGAGCUGAAGAAGCAAGUGCCCAUGAUUGGAAAGACCAUCAGCAUAUGUGUGGGCAGUCAGCUGCAGUAACUGUUCAGACAGAAGAUGAUCAUGAUACAGAUAAUGUGAUUGAAAAAGUUAUUGUCUAAAACCUUCUUUCUUCCAAUUUUAUGGAUUGCGUGGUGCAGCAGACUGGCUGGACCAGAAAUUCUUAUGUGAAGUUCUGUGAUAAAUAAAACAAAACAAAGUGACGCAUAAAUAAAAUCCUUCACCGAGAUGGUGAAGGCAUAGUAUUACUUGAAUGUUGCUGGCCAACAUAUGAAUUUUCUCUAACCAAGCAAAAAAUUAAACCUUAUGGGCAUAAGAGCAUCAAAGAGCUCUGUUGUUAAUUUAAGGGAACUUUGGAAGUUGAUGGAUCUUUACAAGCUUUUCUACAAAGCUGCUGUAAAACAAAUGGAUUAUGGGGAUUCUUUGAAGUAUUUUGAAAAUGUUAUUUAAAGCAGCUUUUGGGUCUGUGUCCUUUUAAGAUUCCUCUGAUGAGGUUUCAAUAAAGAUUGUAACAGCAAAAGGUCUUUGUGAUUCUUGUUCAAAUAUGAAGCAGUUCUACUUUUCAGUAAAUUUAGUUUCCUAAUGACAAUUAAAUCUUACCUAAAACAUAGAUGGAAUCUGAUUCUAUUAAUGAUUAAUGAUUUUUUUGUUGUGUUAUUUGGGAGUUUUCUGUAAAAGUUCUCCAAUACGAUAAAAAGCCUUUAUAGUGCCCACUG